AUGUUCAGCCUUGGACUUCCACCUCCACCUGCUCGUCCUCGCACUCCAGUCCCCAAGUUCAAAUACCUCGAUGAUCCCGCCAGCGCCCACAGAGCCUAUGCUCACCGCCAGAUGCCUCUUACGGGGGACUUCUGCGUCGUACGUAUCGAUCACGUCGCCUCGGUUGCAGACCUGGGCCCAGAGGCAAUGAAAGCUGCAAAGCGCAUUUCGUCGAAGCCAUAUGUAGGAUAUAUCUGCAUGACUGAUGCCCUUCCCUACGAAGGGAACGCGACCAAUCUAUACUCGAUCUCCUUUGUCUCUGCAGGUGUCCCUUUAGCUUCGGCCUAUUGCGACGAUACCCCAGCAUGCAUCCCCAUCCAUCCCAACUCAGAAUGCUUCGGAGAGCGCCCGCCUAUUGAAGCAUGCGCUCCUUUUCCUUGGCCGAAUUGCUACCUCUCCACCUUCACGACGAAGCAGUUCCGCGUCACCACUGCGAGACGUGACUACAGCCCUGUGCUCUGUAUUCCAACCUCUGAGUCAUCAGUGGACAUCUUCAUGACCAUUAACCGAGAUGCACACUCUCGGGCCGACUUCUACGAGCGCCGUCGGGAAGGGGACCCAGAUGCCCUCGCACUCAUGCCGUUCUCUCCUGGCCCGGAAUCUCCAUCCGAUCCUUUGAGCUUCUUGCCAGCCUCGCCAAGUCCCGUUGCCUCGGAGGAACACGAUGCUGUUGACUGCGAAGGAACGCAUGUAUCUUCGCCAAAUGCCGGUCUCACCGACACUCCCGCUACCGCGUUCUCGCCGAAAGGUCUAUCGGAUAUCACGUCUGCUUCUUCUUUCAAGCAUAUACUCGCGUCUGCGAUGUUUGAUAGUGGAUCCAACGAAUAUCCCAUCGUUGAUAUCUGGUACGACUUGGAUAUGGUACCUGAGGUUAGAGAUCCUGAGGGAUUCAUGGUGGAAUGCGACAUGCUCGAGCAAUUGCGAUGGCAUUUCGAGGACCUGAUGGAUAAGGUUAACGCCGGGGUUUCUCCUGCAGCAGCCUCUCGCAGCGCGGACGCUCCUCUCCCUUCCCCACCUCCCAAAGCCGACAGCACACUGGAGACGCCAUUACCUACAAACUGUGCCCACACACCCAUCGAUGAUGGAAAGGCACCCGCUUCUGAGAUGGUAGCCUUGCCGACCACGGUCGCUGCAACCACUGUUGCCCAUCACGAGUUGUCGAAUACGCUACCCCACUCGAACGACAACGCUACUCGCUCCCCUACGUUGUCUCCGCCAGUAACAUUGCCAGCUGCGAGGUCUCAUCCUGCACGCCCCCAGAACCCGGCCCUGAUCGCCCCAUCCGCUGUGGUUGCUGCCGCGGAGAUCAUGGAUGCUGAGCGCGCUACAGCAUCGAAUGUUCAGAGGUCCGUUGGGCCUGUGCGGUCCGCGUCACUUCGUAGCAUGCGCCACUCUUCCUCAAAAACGUCGACGCGUUCGCGCAAGGGCUCAGCGACCGCCUGUGCUUCGCCGACGAAGAGUCACUUCCCUCUCCGCCCACAUCCCUACGCCGUCCGACCGACACGCAGCAGUUCGACGCUCUCGUAUGCGGUACCCCGCUCACGUCACGACACGUACAAGAGCUUGAGAAAGAGUCGCUCGAGUGUGUAUCUGAAGGCACCGCGCCGGGGUGAAACCUUCCCAGUGCCCUCAUCGCGUUCGACACGGCAUUAG